AUGGGGUGGCGGACAAUUUUAUUGUUAUGCUACGCGGUAACGCUGACAUUUGCCAAUCAUACGGUAAGUUUAAUGGGCCGUGGCCAAAAAGAUGAUGUAUCAUGAAUUUGCAAUAUCUUGCGUGAUACAACUGGUACAUUGUAUAUAUAUGAUGUUAAGGAGAUCUACAGUUCCCCGCCAAGUCAUUUACCGACCAAAAAAAUAUUUAUUCAUGGAAGGCCGGUCUUUGUCAGGCAAAUGUUCGUAUCUCCAUUGAGAAGGACCAAGUCCACAGGUAAAUUAACGCGAAUGAUCAGAGGUUAAUUUUCUAGAAGUUCGUCUAAACACAAGACGGAAGAGAUGUCCUGGUCUCUUCGGUGGAGGAGGCGCUGCCGCAGCCCGUGAGUUUACGUCAUCAUUUGUUACAGUACCUUUUAGCGGCAGCCCCCGCUUAUGCCCCGGCGUAUGCUCCUUCCUAUAGUUAUCAAUAUGCGCCGGCUCCGGCUCCAGCACCUCAGCAGAUCAUUGUUCAACAACCUGUUCAAGUUGUAGGUUAUUUCCUAUUCAUACAUUAUCUGUUUUUAUCACGAUCGUAUAUUACUUUAGGUGCCGGCUCAACCUCAAUUUGUUGCCCCUCCACCUCCGCCGCCCCCGCCUCCUCCCCCGCCACCCCCACCUUCUCCUGCUCCUCCCGUCCCUGCAACUCUUCCUCCACCUCCAGAAGAUUUAGGAGAAUACAAAGAAAGGCCGAACUAUCCAUUACCAGAGUGUUAUACUGAUGACAGUAACUUCAUGUGUUGUAAUAACAAGCUGGAAGACUAUAUGAAAGAGGCGUUUCAAGAGUUGAAGGAGACCAGAGAGGACUGGACUUCUUGUAACAUCCAUCAAAUUGCCCAUAGAGUCCAACAAAGAGCCGAGAAGGAGUUCAAUACCAACUUUGAGGUCAUCUCUGGAGUCGGGGAUUAUGCCUCAAAAUCACACUUCUACAGUAAUCUGAUCUGCAAGAUCGAGAGAGAAGGAAAGUAAGUGAGCCUUGAACCUGUUUCAUUGCUUAAAAUUAGGUUCAUCUUGGCUUAUGCUACACCCAGGCCAGAAGAAGAAGGGGAUGAAGAAGGAGCUGGAGCUGGGGAUGGAUUUGGAAAUGGAAAUGGGAAUGGGAAUGGACUGGGCAAUGGAUUAGGUGGGAAUGGAGACGGACAUGGAGGCGGACAAGGAGGUGGAGUGCAAAGUGGAGGAUACGGAGACAACUCUCAGACUGGUGGCUAUGGCGGAGGGAAUCCGGCACCCAGCUACGGAGGAAACGAACGAUCUUAUCCAUAA